UCCUACUCGCUGCCGUACGUCCCCUCGGCGUGUCGUAAAUCAAAACACAAAGCUGCGCAUGUGCGUGCGUUACCAUGGUUAUGUGAACGCUGUGGGGUUCGGCCGUUUCGUCAUGCCACUCAAGAAAAGAAAGUCCUCCAAAAAGGGAAGUAAGCCGAAUAAGGCUCAGAAGCUGAAGCAGCAGCGAGAGGAGGAGGAGAGGCGGCUGCGAGAGGAAGAGGAAGCAAGGCAAGCAGAGAGAGAAGAACAGGAAAGACAGGAAAGGGAGAUAAAGGAGAAGGAGCUGGAGAGACUAGAGCUAAAGGACAGGGAGCGCAGAGAUGAUGAGCUGAACGAACUGCGCCAUCUACUGGAGGAGAAUCAUGCUGCAGUGACCAAAUGGAAAACAGAUGCCGUGGAGAAAGCAAAGUGGGAAAGGUAUGUGCAUUGUGAUGGCACCCCAGACCCCGCGGUUGUGCAGGAUAUAAACACAUACAUCAGCUUAUGGAGAGAUGACCCAGAAGUCGACAUCACAGCUGUGCUCCAGCAGUGUAAACGUGCUACAUGGCUGGUUGAAGAGCUGGAGGAGCUACUCAGAGGUGCUACAGAUCCACAAGAGGCUGAGAAAUACCAGGAAGCUCUUAUAAACUUACUGGAACUGAUUCACUUCAAACACCAAGUCGCCACUGAAGAGAUCCUUAAGAGAGCCAAUGAGAGCAUCGAUACCGAGACAGGUAACAUGCAGACUGUGGUCAAAGACGACAACGUGACCCUUUGCCUUUGGGCCAACCUCAAGAAAAACCCAAGGUUUAAAGGUUUGAACUUCAAGGAGGCCAGCGUGGGCUUUGAGCUUCCAAAGCAGCUGGCAGUGAGCGACAUCGCUGUACGAAUCCUCCACACACGUUAUGACCACCUGUCUUUGCUGGCCAGGAUGGCUCAUCAGAGAGUGUACACAACCAGCCACAGGUCUCUUACAGGUGGUGAUGCGAUAGCAGUGGAAAUGGAUGUAUCUAUAAACGGAGAGACCAAAGAAGAUGAAGAGGUGAUGUCUAUUCUGGAGUCUGAAGGGCAGAAGAGUGCAGCGAGCCUGCAAUCAACGAGGAGCAGUGCCCAGCUCGCACAACACCAGUCAGGCCAGAUACUGACCCAGAUGGAGGCACUUAAAGCUGAGGAGGAUGUGACGUCUCCAGCCAGUGUUGUGCAGGUGGUGGACUUGAUGCAAUACACACCUCUGGGUGGGAUUUUCUACUAUGACAUAUUCUGUCUCCCGCCACAAGCCUACCAGGUCAACGGCUGGGAAAUCAGACAGGUUUUGAAUAAGGGGCUAGAGGUUUUUCCCUACCCCACGGAGACCACACUGGAGGAUGGCACCACACUCAGUUCACUUCCUAUUGGGGUAUCAGUGACGCUGCCUGACUCAGUUGUCUUCUUGAAACCUCCCCAUGUGGCUUGCUGGGAUGUUGCAGGUGAGCAGUGGAGGAUGGACCGCGUCACGGAUGCAUCCCACGAAGACGCGAAGAUCUCCUUCAAGAUGGACUCAUUCCACGCUUUUGUGCUGAUGCAGGAAACAUACGCCAACUUUCCCAUCCGCAGCUGGGAGCUCAAGCCUCUCUGUCAAGAUUGCGUCAUUCUCACCGUCAACGGAGCUCUAAUCGACGUCAGCAUUACCAUCAAGGGUGACCAGUGUAUGUUGGAGUCCCAGCACCACAAAGGCCUCACUCACCUGACAGGGAAGUGGAUGAGUGCCCCCGCCCUGCAGAGAGCCGUGAUCAACGCAGGGAUCAACAUCUUUGUCGACGAAUAUGCAGACAAAUACAUCAGUACCUGUUGCAAAGACCCACUCACAGAACACGCUGCCUACGAACAGAUGGCCCUGCUCGCCUCUGCCUGUGCUUUCUCGUGGAGCAAGUGGAACGCCAAAUGCAGAGCCGAGCAUCUGGUCAUGCAGGUGUGUGAACACCUCGGUCCCGACCCCGUGCCCAAGGACUCCUGGAGCCUCUACCUGCUAGGAGCCCAGAAGAGUCUAAAGCUGCAGAUCACAGAGACCAGUGACUCGUUCGCUCCAGAUCAUUAUCCCGGCAGCGAGUUUCACUCUACCUUUAUGCACAUGCUCCAGGACAACAUGAGCGCCGAAGGCAUCAAUAUGACCCGAAAGUCCAGUUAUCUGUUCAUUGAUACAGUACAGAGUCUGCUGUGUGCCACUAAGCCCCUCAUGCAUUCCUAAUGGUGUGUGACAUCAAGUCAGUAGCAGUGUACAAUUUUAAGCACAUAUAAACAUUAUAUCGUAGAAUUAGCUACUUUAUUUGUGCAAAUCUGAAUGCUUUUUCUUUGGAACAUACAAAAAGUUUAUGAAGUUGAAAACGGUGACAUUCCACAGCAAAAAUGAAACAUAAAAAUAAAACCUUUGGUGUUAAAACCUUUACAAUACACAAUUAUAACUUAAAAAAACCUGAUUAAUCUACUUCAAAACUAAUAAACCCAUAGAGAUUUCAAAAACACAAAAAGUUUUAUUACCAGUGAAUAUAGUUAUAAGUUAUAAAACAUCUCUCUCUAAAACCAGUGAGGAAUGGAAAGUUCCAAUAAAAGUCUGAGUCCCCUUUA